CCCGCAGUUUUUCGAUCUUAAUAAAAUUGAAUCCCCUGUCCUAGCUUCGAUCUCCGACCAGACCCAUCAGCUUCAGAAGGCACGAGCCGACAGAGACGACGAUGGAGAUGAGGGUGGCGAGCGGGGACGAGGAGGGCAAGAAGAAGCAUGAGCGCGUGGCGCUGCCCAAAACGCGUCGCCCCGACACGAUCCACCACUUCGAGAAGAAGCUGGCCGACAAGGGCGUGCUGCGCAUGGAUCGCCACCCGGCCGACGGCCUCGGGAUCGGACGCGGCCCGCCUAAGUCCGGCCACGGCGGUAAGUUCACCUGGGAGGGUCCGGAAGACCUGGCGGAGAACGAGCUGGACCCUGUUCCUCCGGCCGUCGACGAGAAGGACCCUAACUACGCAGGGGAAGAGGCAAUCGACGAGGAGGCGGCGGCGCUGGUGGUAGGGGAAGUGGAGGUGGCGAAAACGGCGGAAGCCAAAGAAGGGGUGUCCAGGAUCGAGAUCCAGCCGCCGCUUCAGCCGUGAGAAUGGAAGCUCGAGGGAAGUGCUACUUGUCCACUACUUUUGUACUCGGUUCAUCGAAUAAAAUGCUGAGUUAUGUAA